GCCACUGAAUCAUGGAGUCAUCGGAGGAGGAGGUCAAAAGAUCGACCCAAGUCAUCACUAUACAGCCAAAUGAAACUGUAUUGACUGCGUUUCCCUAUGGACCUCAUACCUCUCUGCUGGAUGUCCUGAAGGGAGAGCCAAGAGUCUUGGGGGCGAUCCAGAUCCUGCUUGCCCUGAUCAUAGCCGGCAUUGGAGCUAUAUUUGCAUUUAAUUACUUGAAUUUCGCCCAAAGAUUUCCCCUCGUUUUCUUCAUAGGGUACCCGUUCUGGGGAGCCUUUACUUUCAUUAUAGCAGGAUACGUCACAGGAAGCAACGGUAAUAGAAAAUGCCUGGGACAAGGUGUCACAAGCAUGAAUGCUAUCAGUUCCUUUGUUGCAGCAGCUGGGAUUCUUUUCACCAUUAUCAGCUACAGAUACCAACACAAGUACUGCCAGGUGCCUUCCCUCGAAGGAACAUGUGCUAUAAGUAGAGCCCUUUACAGUGGAAUUUUGUCAGUCUUACUGAUCAUCAGCAUUGUGGAGCUCAGCAUCUCUGUGACUGUCAUCUCCUUUAGAAGCAACUGCCUGACAAGGUCAAAUGAGAUUGUGUUUUUCUUGCCUUCGGAUGUUGCUCAAGAUAGGGAACUAUCUGCUACAGAAGAAAAUGCUAUAAUACAAUUUGAGCUUCAAGAAGAGUCUGCAAGUGAUGUUUCAACAACAAACAUACAGCCUGUUUUCUUUGGAGGCUAUAUUUUCUUCAAGUUAACAGUCACAAAAAAUAGUUUAGCCUUCCAACAUGCAGGAAGGAGAGGCAGCAUUAGUUAUUGCACAGCUUCUCUAUCCGAGUCAGGUGAACAACAGAAAUACCUCCUUGAACCUUUAAGCCUUUAUGACAGAGAACCAGAGUUCAAAACUUUGCCUCCAGUUUUUGAGAAAAAGUCCUCAGAAAUUACUACGGACACGGAACAACUAAGUGAUGAAGACCUGCAAGCUGUUACUGCACAAUUUACAAGAAAGAAAAUAAAACUGCAGCAGGAUAAACCCUUGCCAACCAAAGUUUCUCCAUCUUAUCCUGUAAAAAUAACCCCAUAUUUACCACCCCAAGCCUUGCCAUCCCAAGAUUUGCCAGAACAAGUCCUGCUAUCUGAAACCCCAACAUCUCAUGUCACAAAGUCUAAUGUACUGAAAUCCAAAGACACACCAUCCCAACACAUACCAUCCAAAAAUACACAAUCCCAAGCCACUACAGAUAAAUACUUACCAUCCCUAGACAUGUACUCCCAAGAUAUCUCUCUCCAAAGGCAAGUGCUGCCAGUAAAAGCCCUACCAUUUGAAGCCCCCAAAUUACUUGAUGUGCACUCCUCUAAUAUGCAACACCUAGAUCAACAAUCUCUAGAUCUUAAACUACAAAAUAUCCAAUCUCAAGAGCAUAAAUCUAUGCAUUUAUUAUAUCAAGACAUUAAAUCAGAAGUCAAGUUACUGACUGAAGAAUGGAAAUCUGAGGAGGAACUCUAUAGCAAGAGAUCAUCAAAGCAACAUUUUCAAUAUCAAGAAAGCAAAGAUAGGCAAUCUCUAAAACAGAAAUCCCUUGACUUGCAAAUUCAAGACCAACAAGCCCCAAGGAGGAAAUCCCUGGACAAGCACAUCAAAGACAGGCUAUCCCCAAACAGUCACUACGUAGAUAAGCAAGUCCAAACCUCACCGCAAUUCCCAUAUCAGCAAACCGAAGACCUGCAGGCCCAAGAGGAGAAAACCCCAAAGCAGGUAUCCCAAGAUUUGCAAUUUCAAAUCCAGAAAUACCAUGACUGGCAAUCUCCAGACUGGAAAAUCCAAAACUGGCAAACUUCAGGCCAACAAUCCCAAAACUGGAGAACUCAAAACAAAGAAUGGAAAACACAAGAAUGGCAAUUUGAAAUGCAGCAUUCCCAAAACUGGGAAUCCCAAGCCUGGCAAACCCGAGAUCAACUAGUAAAAGAGUCCCAAAACCAGAGAGCUCUAUUCCAAGAAACUCAAACUGUCCAUGCCGUAAUUCCACCUCAUCUAGAUGAACAAUCACAAGACAUUCCACAUCAAGACAGUCAGUAUCAAGACAAAGACCAACUCGACCUUCAAUCUACAGGAAUCCAAAAAGAAGAUCUGGAAAAAGAUGCUAUGCAAAUAAGAGACGUCAAACCUCAAGACACGAGUUGUGGAAGCCAAAGCCCGAGUGACCUGCAAUCACAAGAUACGAAGCCAGAUCUUAAAUGUCCCUCCUACCAAAGAUUAAUACAAGACCUUCAGUCCACAGGAAUCCAAAAAGAUGAUCUGGAAACAGAUGCUGUGCACACAGGAGACAUCAACCCUCAGGACAUGAGUUGUGGAAGUCAAAGCCCAAGUGACAUUCAAUCAGGAGACAUGAAACCAGAUUUUAAAUGUUCCUCUUAUCAAAGCUCAGUACAGGACACAUAUUUCACCUAUAUGUCCAACAUAAAUUCAGAACAAGAUGUGCAACAAAACAUUUCAACUUGCUCAACUGCAUACAAAGAAGAUGUAACUUCUACCGCCUCUGAUCCAAAAGAAAGACAGCAAUCUGAAGACUGA